GCUCGGGCGGCCGCGGGCGGGGUUUGGGCGGCCGGGGCGGGGCAGUUGGACCCGCGGGCUCUGCUCCAGCCGGCCGCGUAGCGGACAUGGCGGGCUCCAGGCUCCCGCGGCAGCUCUUCCUCCAGGGCGUGGCCGCCGUCUUCAUGUUCGCCUUUGCUUCACUGUACACGCAGAUCCCGGGCCUCUAUGGCCCGGAGGGCAUCCUACCCGCACGGAGGACGCUGCGGCCGCAGGGCAAGGGGCGCUGGCAGCAGCUGUGGGAGACGCCCACGCUGCUGUGGGAAGCCCCGCGGCUGGGGCUGGACACCGCGCAGGGCCUGGAGCUGCUGAGCCUGCUGGGUGCGCUGCUGGCGCUGGGCGCCUUGCUGCUGCGCCCGCUGCGCCACCCCCUCGUCUACCUGCUGCUCUGGGCCGCCUACCUAUCGGCCUGCCAGGUGGGCCAGGUGUUCCUUUACUUCCAGUGGGACUCCUUGCUGCUGGAGACUGGUUUCCUGGCUGUGCUGGUGGCCCCACUGAGGCAGCCCCCACAGGGCAAGCAGGCCCCCCAGGGUGGGCCAGCAGGGGCCUUGCCCCACGAAGCCCUCCCCUUCUGGCUCGUGCGCUGGCUGCUGUUCCGCCUCAUGUUCGCCUCAGGCGUGGUCAAGCUGACCAGCCGCUGCCCCGCGUGGUGGGGGCUCACUGCCCUCACCUACCACUACGAGACUCAGUGCCUGCCCACACCUGCCGCCUGGCUGGCCCACCACCUACCUGUCUGGCUGCACAAGCUCAGCGUGGUGGCCACCUUCCUCAUCGAGAUCGCCGUGCCCCCUCUAUUCUUCGCCCCCGUUCGCCGCCUGCGCUUGGCUGCCUUUUACUCCCAGGUGCUGUUGCAAGUCCUCAUCAUCAUCACUGGCAACUAUAACUUCUUCAACCUGCUGACGCUGGUGCUCACCACCGCCCUCCUGGACGACCAGCACCUGGCUGCUCAGCCUGGCCAUGGUCACCGCAAGAAGAUGCCCACCUCCUGGCCCAAGGCCCUGCUGGGCUCGCUGUCCCUGCUGCUGGAGCUGGCCAUCUACGGGCUGCUGGCCUGUGGCACUGUGUACUGCUUUGGCCUGGAGGUCGACUGGCAGCAACGCACCAUCCACUCCAGAACCACCUUCACCUUCCACCAGUUCUCCCAGUGGCUAAAGACAGUGACCCUGCCCACUGUGUGGCUGGGUGUGGCCUCCCUCACCUGGGAGCUGCUGGCUGCCAUCUGGAGGUGGACCCAGGUGCGGGGAUGGCUUCGGAAGCUCAGUGCUGCAGUCCAGCUGUCCGUCCUUGGCACCGCCACGGUGUCCUUGUUUGUGAUCAGCCUGGUGCCAUACUCCUACGUGGAGCCGGGGACCCACGGGCGCCUCUGGACCGGGGCCCACCGCCUGUUUGGCGCCGUGGAGCACCUGCAGCUGGCCAACUCAUACGGCCUCUUCCGCCGGAUGACCGGCCUGGGCGGGCGGCCCGAGGUGGUGCUGGAGGGCAGCUACGACGGGCACCACUGGACGGAAAUCGAGUUCAUGUAUAAGCCGGGGAACGUGAGCCGGUCACCCCCUGUCGUGGUGCCUCACCAGCCGCGCCUCGACUGGCAGAUGUGGUUUGCCGCCCUGGGCCCGCACACACACAGCCCCUGGUUCACCGGCCUGGUCUUGCGCCUGCUGCAGGGCAAAGAGCCAGUGAUCCGCCUCCUCCAGAGCCAUGUGGCCAGGUACCCCUUCCACAAGCAGCCGCCCACCUACAUUCGGGCCCAGCGCUACAAGUACUGGUUCUCCCAGCCCGGGGAGCAGGGCCGGUGGUGGAGGCGACAGUGGGUGGAAGAAUUCUUCCCACCUGUGUCCCUGGGGGACCCAACGCUGGAGACGCUGCUCAGGCAGUUUGGGCUGCAGGACAAGAGCCCACCCCGGGCCCGCAGCUCCAACAGCACCUUGGCUUGGGCCCUCCACUGGGUGCGGACUCAGCUGUCACCCCUGGAGGCUCCCACCCUGCUCUGGGGGCUCCUCGUGGCUGCGGGGGCUGUCCGAAUUGUGCAGGCCCUGCCGGCCCCCUGGUCUUUCCAGUCCUCCCGGCCGGCCAGGGGGGAGAAGCAGAGGCAAGCCCCCAAGAAGGACUUGGGAGCUGCCUGUGAACAGGGUACCCCAGCCCCCGACAACUGCAGCAGUGGUUCCCGGACCCCCUGGCGGAAAAAGUAGCUGUGUUCUGUCAGGGUAGGUCCCCAGCACAGCUCUGUCUCCUGCAACAGGACAUGGCCCAGCCACCGUGCCUUAGCCGAUUCUGCCAAGCCAGAUGUGGGUUGGGGGGUUGCCCGCAGAGGAUUUCUGGGUGCUGCUUUGAGGGCCCACUCGUCCCUGGACGCCAGGCCCCCACCACUGCCUCCACUGUUGGCCCCAGAGGUGAACAUGCGACCCGGCUCAGGACCUGCCUCUGCCCUGGGCUGUGGGCGUUGAGUCUGGAGCCGUAGCCCCUCUGCUGGAAGGGGUGAGGCUGACCCAUUGAGCAGGAAGAGGAGAAGGACGGUCACCUUUGAUGUCCUCUCCACGCCAGCCCAUUUUGUCCUUCACACGUGUGCACCAAUAAAGGCGUCUUCUGUG